AGCGGAGGCGCCGGAAGUGCUCCGGGGAGCGGGCGGUUUGACUUUCCCCGCGGCCGAGAGACACAUCCUGAAAGUUUUUAAAAGUUCAGAUCUCAGGUUGAAAUUGAAUGCUAAUUGUACUACGUAAUGAAGCGGAAUGGCACAUCAUGAUCAAUCCUCCCAGGAGCUUUGUCUGAUUGAUAGGAAUAUUACCAGCUUGUCAGCAGUACCAAUCAACUCGAAAGUUCAAUCACUCAACCUUCACUGCAAUCAAAUCUCCAAACUCGAAGGCCUCAGCCACUUGUGGCAACUGAGACAUCUCGAUCUCUCCUCCAAUCAAAUUGUUCGCAUUGAAGGACUGGGGAACCUAAUAUCCUUGCGUACCCUUAACCUGUCUUGUAAUCUGAUAACCCAAGUUGAAGGACUCAAUGGACUCGUCAAUUUAACGAAGCUGAAUUUAUCUUACAAUGGCAUUACAGAUUUAAGUGGAUUUUUGUAUCUUCAUGGUGCUGGACACAAGUUAAGUUUCCUUGAUCUUCACAGUAAUUGCAUUAGUACCUUUGACCAUUUGCUCCAGUGCAUGACGGGAUUGUGCUGCUUAUCAGACCUCACACUGGUGAAGGAUGGAAGAGGCAACCCAGUAUGUCAAACACCAGGUUACAGAGAACUCUUGCUCCAAUCUUUACCCCAACUGGCUCUACUUGACGGGAUAAGUCAUUCUGGUAAACGUGUUCAUUCAAGUGAAGGAGGCCCCUUAGAUAUACCUGGUUUGGAGGACUAUGCAGAGUAUUUGGUAUCAUCAGACUCCAGUGUAAAUCCAGAAAAGGCUUCGGUAGAACCUCAGUUGACCACUCCACGAAUAGAUGAGGUACUUGCUCAGUAUCACCAGCGCACUACAGUACCUGAUCCUGCAGCAACAAUGUCUGACACUGAGGCUAGUUCUUCACCAAAACAGACUAAAACUGCUGUCAGUCUGUACAAUGAAAUAAGAAUAAAGAAACUGGAGCAACAGAUUUCUCAACUGUUACAACAGGUUCCAACUGCUUCAAGCACACUUAAAGCAAAGCGAGAUAUUGAUCACAGUUCGGGAAGUGAAAUUGAGAACUGCAAAGAAAAUCACAAGAAGGGAACCAGACGCACAAAGCUUCAGGGUUAUCAACAAAUGACUGAAACUUCCAAGCGACGAAGUGGCACACUGCAGAGGAACAAGAAGUCUGAGAGUGACCAUGAACAACCUCGUGGAAGGAAAUUGAAAUCUUCAAAUACUCAACCCACCAGAAGAGAAGAUUUGUCUGGCAGUUCAUCCAUAGGAUCUCGAAAAUCGUCCACAUCACAAACAAUUGAACAAGGAACACAGGACAGCAAGAAAACCAAUGUAGCUGAAGAGUCUACAUAUAGGGCACUUAUUCAAGAGUUGGAUCUUGAACGAGAGAAGAGAUGGAAGGCUGAGCAGGCAGUGAAACCAUUAAUGGAGCACAUAAAAUCUUUGCAAAAUCAAGUAAAUGAGAAACAGGAUGUUCGUGACAUAGCUGUACACACUACUGACAGGUUAAAAGAUCUACUUUUGAAAGAGAAGGAAGCUAAAAAACAACUAGAGGUCCAUGCUGCAGAAUUAAGAAUAAAAGUUGAAGAACUUACAGAGGAGCUGGCAAAUUCCAGAAGCUCUGAGAAAGAACAACGCAAAGUUUUGAAAUCACUUGAAGAAACUAUUUCAAAGACUGAAGCACGAAGACUGCAGCACAAGACUAUGGAGAUGAAACGAAUUCAAGAAGCAGAGUUGAAGGCUUCAGUAGCCCAUAGGGAAGUGGAGCUACUGCAAAUCGCUCUCCGUCAAGAGAAGGAAAAAGUGCAUCAGCUGCAGGAGCUUCUAACAUCCAGAGAGCAGGAACACAGGAAGGAGGUAGACUCGAGAGUUACGCUGAGUGGACCGGAGUUUCGAGAUGCUUUAUCCAGAGAGCUAGCAAAAGAAGAAGAAAGACACUCUCAACAAUUAAAAGAAUAUCAAGAAAAAAUCAAUGUAUUAAACCAACAGUACGUUAAUCUGGAGGAUGAGUUCCGCGUGGCUCUCACCAUUGAAGCAAAUCGAUUUAAAGAGGUAAAGGAUGGCUUUGAUCAUGUUGUAGCAGAACUAGCCGACCACAAACAUACUCUUGCUCGGUCACAGCAGAAGGAGAAACAAUCCAGAAAAUUGAUUCAGGAGCUGACUGCUAUGGUCAAAGAGCAGAAAGCUAAGAUAGCUGAACUGGCAAAAUCCAAACAGGGGACAACCUCGGAACUUAAGAGCCGUAUUCGAACACUGGAACAUGUAGCUGAAGAAGACAAGAAAAAAACGGUUCAAAUCGAACUUCUUAAACUGGAAAAAUCUAAACUGAUUUCACAGCUAACUGCCCAAGAAUCAGUGAUUGAUGGUCUCAGAGCUGAAAGAAGGAUCUGGGGACAAGAAUUAGCUCAACAAGGCUCUUCCCUGGCUCAAGACCGAGGAAGACUUGAGGCAAGGAUUGAAGUGCUAACUUCAGAGAUUGAAUCGAUUAAAAAACAAAAUGUACGCGAUAUUGAUGCUUUGAAGAUAAAAAACAAAAUAGUAGAUGAUCAAACAGAAACAAUCAGAAAACUGAAAGAGGGUUUGCAAGAAAGAGACGAACAAAUCAGGAAAGUUCGUGAGGAGAACCUCCAGACACAAAGGAGGUUUCAGGAACAAUUGGACGAUGAGGCUAUAAUAUCACAGGAUCUGAAGGAGAGGGUAGAGAGACUUUCGGAACGGAAGAAUGAUCUAAAGCAGCAGCUUGAAGAUAAAGAAGCGGAGCUGGAGGAAACUAAGAAGGCAUAUAGUGCUGUUAAUAAGAAGUGGCAGGAUAAAGCAGAGCUACACAAGUUGGAAAUACAGGUCAAACAGAUGAAAGAAAAUUUUGAUGCCAAUGAAAAGAAGCUUGUUGAAGAAAGAAACAAAGCUUUGCAAGCUCAGAAGGCUACAGUAGAAAAGCUUCAUUCCAUGGAUGAUGCCUUCAGACGGCAGCAUGAGACUGUGCAGGCAGCACAACAGGCACAACUCAUUCAACUAGAAAACCAGAAGCAGAAAGAAAUUGAAGCAGCAAAAGAAAAGGUCUACCAGGUGGAAGAAGAAAUGCGUCAGCUUCUCCAAGAGACAGCAAAAAGCAAGAAAAACAUGGAAGAGAAAAUAAGAAAACUGACUCAUGCCCUCAGUGAUAUCCAGCAAGAAUUGUGAAACCAGAGAAAUGCUUAAUAAGAUAUGUGAUACUUACAACUUACCUUUCCUUCCGAAAUAAUUAGCCACAAGAUGACAAAUUCCUACUGACAAGAAUAAUUAGUUACUUGCCAGUUUAAAUCAUGUAUAAUGAUUUUGCCUGAAUGUUCACUCAUUUCUGAAUGUGACGAGUACUGAGCCAGUCACGAAGAAAUGACUGGGUUCACUUCCUUGUCCCAGCUUAAAUUCCUGAACUUUUCCAAGACUGUAAAGGAAGUAAUCCUUUUGGACCCAUGUCUAUGGAGUAGAGAAGAAAAUAAGCUUAGGCUUAUUCCUACGCCAAAUGCUUGCUAUCUAGUGAUUUCUGGAAGGUGAUAACUGCAUGCACAUCUUAAGACUUGAAAGCCAUCGUGUUUUGUAGGUCAAGACCUUUGUUUUAAAAUUUAAGGUGAUGCAAAAAUUUGAUAUAAACAUUCAAUUUGAAUUUGGAAGUUGAUUUUCUGCAAUUCCUUUUAUCCCAUUGCAGAAAAUUUGCCUCGAUAUUAAAACUGAAUUGUUCACAAUGCUUUCCAAAAUUCCACACAGUCUUAAAUGUUAAGUGAAUAGUUUUGAGCCGAGGAACAUACCUGAAGAUUUUUGGGCUCAUGAAGACAGGAAUGAGCUGAGAAACGGCUCCCCACAACAAUCAAAUACUUAGCCGUGCUCUUACGGUCAGUCACUGAGCCCCAGGGGACUUGGCAUCUAAAGGACCACACUUUCAGUAUGGUUAACCUUCUUCAAGAAAGCAAAAAAAUGGUCUUUUUUGGAGGCAUUCUUAUACUGAAAGCACCUUAGUUUUUUUGUGUGCUACAAUAAACACUUAUGUAAGCCCGUGGUAUGGUUUGAUUUCAGCUUGUACUUGUGAUGUGUUGGCUUUAACCGAACAGAAAAUCACCUUUGUAAAUUAAAAUUGUCAAGCUUCCAUUAGACGUUUUGAAUGGAUGUAAAAAAUUAAAACCAUCCACAACCCUGAUGAUUUUUCAUUUAUUAAUGUGCUAUCGAACCAUAGAGUGUGUGAAGUUUCAAUGCUGGCUCAGUGCUGACUUAGGCAAUCUCACCCAGGCAGCAUUUGGCAUCAGCAUCCCUUGACCCCAGAAAGGAAAAAUUGGCCAGUUCCUGCUGCUGCUGAAUGUUAGAUAAGAACAGAAUCAGACUCAAAUAAGGCAUCCUUCAUAGUAGACCAGCCCAAUGAUACUCAUUGUUCAGGCUCAUGUUUAUACCCAAAUAGUCACAGAAUCUGAUGCCAAGACAGGUUUCUAUUUUCAUGAGAGGAAAAAUGUGACACUAAUCUGACAACCAGAUUUUCACACAAAUCUCUUACCAGGUCAGGCUCUUACAGAACAAUAGUUCUUUGAGAAACGAUGAAGCACUUAUUUAUUUAAAAGAUGUAAAAUUAUAUCAUUCUAUUUUGUACUAUACUUAAUAAAUCAUUUUU